AUGGCAAUUCCCUUGUUGAGAGCUGCAAUGCUUUCUCAUUCUCAAUCUCACCCACUCAUUCAUUCCCUAUCUGCUAUUGAUGAAACUGCUAAGAGGAGGAAAAGAGUGGUAUUCUCUUCUUCUGCUUUUUCUUCUUCAGAACUUAACCCUUUAAUUCGGUCGGAAGUAUCAUUUUGUGUUGGGACUUGCCUCAUUCCACAUCCAAAAAAGGUUAAGACAGGUGGGGAAGAUGCGUUCUUUGUUAGCAACUAUAAUGGGGGAGUUAUUGCCGUUGCUGAUGGGGUCUCUGGUUGGGCUGAAGAGGACGUGGAUCCUUCAUUGUUCCCUCGUGAAUUGCUUGCUAAUGCUUCCAAUUUUGUAGGAGAUGAGGAGGUGAACUAUGAUCCUCAAAUUCUUAUAAGGAAAGCACAUGCUGCUACUUCCUCCACAGGCUCGGCUACUGUCAUCGUUGCUAUGCUGGAGAAGAAUGGGACUCUGAAGAUUGCUAAUGUUGGGGAUUGUGGAUUAAAACUCAUCCGUAAUGGCCGUGUAGUUUUUUCCACUUCUCCCCAAGAGCACUACUUUGACUGUCCAUUCCAACUAAGCUCUGAGAGGGUUGGCCAAACAUACCUUGAUGCAGCGGUAUGCAAUGUAGAGUUGAUGGAAGGAGACAUAAUUGUCAUGGGAUCAGAUGGCCUUUUUGACAAUGUUUUUGAUCAUGAAAUUGUUCCAACAAUUGUUAGAUACAAAGAUGUUGCAGAGGCUGCAAAGUCAUUAGCUAACUUGGCAAGCUGUCAUGCAUUGGAUUCAAAUUUUGACUCUCCCUAUUCGUUGGAAGCCAGGUCUAGGGGUUUUGAGCCCCCCUUAUGGAAGAAGAUUCUUGGAAUGAAGCUUACAGGUGGAAAGCUUGACGAUAUUACUGUAAUAGUUGGUCAGGUUGUGAGUUCAUGA